AUUUUAUCACCGUGAUUUUCGCUAUGACUGAGUCCCACUCCCUUCCUCCUCGUAAAGUCGAACAAACCAAACCGACACCUGUCCCUUAAAAACCGGACCACACUGUUUUCAGUGUGAGUUCUCAGUUCCCAAUCCCUAGAGAACACAUAAUCCACACCCAUGGCGCUCUCCGUUUCCAGCUCGGAGUCUCGAAACGACGGCGGCGGCGGCGGCGGCGGUGAAGCGAUUGAAGGGAUCGACGCCUUCCCCCGAUUCGACGUAGUUUCGGAUGACUCCGAUCACCACUUCCUCGCUACCAACAAGAACGCCGGCUGCUUCACCAACGCCUCCAGCGGAGUCCACAAGAAGAUCACGCAAGAGUGGCGGAUCCUCGGCAAGCACCUCCCGGAGUCGAUCUUUGUUCGCGUCUUCGAACGGCGGAUUGAUCUCCUUAGAGCGGUGAUCAUCGGCGCCGCGGGUACGCCUUACCAUGACGGGCUCUUCUUCUUCGACAUCGCAUUCCCGCCUGAUUAUCCCAGUCGACCGCCGAUGGUUCACUACCGAUCUUUUGGGUAUCGGAUCAAUCCAAACCUGUACGCGAACGGGAAGGUCUGUUUGAGUUUGAUUAACACUUGGGUCGGGAAAAAGACUGAAAAAUGGAACCCGAAGGAGUCAACAGUUCUCCAACUUCUGCUCUCGAUUCAGGGUCUAGUUCUCAACGAAAAGCCCUACUUCAACGAGCCUGGCAACGUCGCUUGGCCGGGUCGUUUCUGGGAGAAGAAAUCCGCCGCUUACAAUGAGGAUGCUUUCCUGCUGUCUUGCCGGACGAUGAUGCUUCUGAUCAAGCGACCACCGAAAAAUUUCGAAGGCUUUGUUAUGAAGUACUUUAGGGAUCGAUCGAGCUUUAUUUUAUCGGCGUGUAAAGCUUACAAAAAUGGGAGUGCAAAGAUCGGGUAUUACAACCGUCAGUGCGAAUCAUCUCCUUGUGCAUCAGAAAAGUUCAAGAAAUUGAUGAAACAACUGUACCCAGAACUUGUGGGAGCGUUUUCAAGAACUGGAGCUUCUCUGGGGAAUUUCGUCGAACAGGUGAAUGUGGGGAAGAAAACGGCGACACCGGCGUCGGAGAAUCAGGCGAGGCCAAAACAUAAAGUUGGCGGUGUUCUGGGGAAAUUAUUAAAUUUUUUGGGAUUAAAGAAGAUGGUUUCUUGAAGAAGAUGAAAGGGAAGGAAUUUGGCUGCUUUUCCAGGGGACUUUUUCAAAAGAAAAACAAAGGUGGAGAAUAAUUUUUAGGAUUCUCGAACAGAAUUUUUUUUUUUAUUUAUUUUUUAUGUGGAUUCUCAUAACAAAAUUAAGGUAAAUAAUUACGUAUUAUUCUU